UUCUCUCUAAAGGCCGUGGUCUGCUAAUGAACACGUUCAUUACAGUGCCGCCAAAACCUUCCGAAACCCCCAAAACUCUGAUCUGCGGCAUUACAGAAACCUAGAAAAUACCCUUCAGAGUUUUAUUAAUCAAUGUCAUCGAUCAGCUGCGACUCAUGAAUUGCUUAUACGCUCGAAAUGGUAAAUCCCCUUAAACCCCAAUUUCUGAUUCGCUAUUAUUUAUUGGGUCGUCAUCACAAUCUUCUCUUUCUCAGGAGACUUUCCGAAUUUCAUCGAAAAUAUUCCCCAAUCUUAGUUUCUAAAGUUUGUGGAAUCUUAUUGAGUGAUUUUCAUUGGCAACGUAAUAUAGAACUUAAUAGUCGAUUAAUCCCUAAAUUAAAACCUUGUGAUGUUGCUCAGAUUCUUGAAAUCAAUAAAGAUUCUGAAUCUGCAUUGAAAUUCUUUUAUUGGGUAUCUAAGAGACAUUUUUACAAACACAACUUAGAUACUUUUAUUGUGUUACUAAAGCGUCUUGUUGGUGAUCGGCUUUUUGAACCUGCUGAUAAUGUGCGUAUUAGAAUGAUUCAGAAUUGUGAAAAACAGGAAGAUAUGACAAGGGUUUUGAGGUUUCUGAAUGAAAUUAGUGUAAAAGAUUUCAAAUUUAGUUUACAUAGUUAUAAUACACUUUUGAUCCAGUUGGGUAAGUUUGAAAUGGUGGAUGUGGCGCAGAAUUUGUAUGAAGAGAUGAUUAGCAAUGGGAUUGAACCGAAUCUUGUGACAUUGAAUUCGAUUAUUAAUAUUCUUUGUAAGCAGGGAAAAGUUCAGGAGGCUAUGGUAAUUCUAAGUAGGAUUUUUCAGUCUGCGAUGAAACCUGAUGUUUUUACAUAUACAUCGUUGAUUCUUGGGCAUUGUAAAAAUAAUGAUCUGGAUUCAGCUUUUAAGGUUUUCGGUCGUAUGACUAAGGUGGGAUGUGAUCCGAAUUCCGUGACAUAUUCAGCACUGAUUAAUGGUUUAAGCAAUGAGGGUAGGGUAGAUGAAGCACUGGGCAUGCUAGGAGAAAUGACUGAAAAAGGAAUUGCUCCUACAGUUUAUACAUAUACUGUUCUCCUUUCUAACCUUUGUCAGGUCAACCGUGUUAAGGAUGUCUCUCACCUGUUUGCAGAUAUGAAGAAGAGAGAUUGUUGGCCGAAUGAACACACUUACGCUGCUCUGAUCAGUGGCUUUUAUCAAUCGGGUAAUAUGGAGGUGGCAACUGGGUUAUACCACAAGAUGUUGAUAGAUGGAUUGGUACCGAAUACUGUGACGUACAAUAUCUUAAUAAACGAGUUAUGUAAAGGAAGAAAGUUUGUGCCCGCUCUCAAGAUCUUUGAUUGGAUGACAAAGCGUGGUAGCUUGCCAAAUAUUAUAACGUACAAUGAGAUUAUAAAUGGUUUUUGCAAAGAGGGUUUUACUGACAAAGCGAUGGUUCUUUUCAACAAAAUGCUUAAGGUAGGUCCUGCUCCAACUUUGAUCACAUAUAACACUCUUGUUAAUGGGUACUGUCAACAGGGUAGUAUGGAAAAUGCAAGAAGGCUGAUGGAUUUGAUGAAAGGGAAUGGAUGUGAACCAGAUGCAUGGACUUCUACAGAACUCAUUUCUGGAUAUUGUAAAUGGGGUAAGUUGGGCUUAGCUACCAGUGUUUACAAUGAAAUGCUGGACAGGGGCUUAACUCCAAAUCAGGUUGCUUAUACUGCUUUGAUUGAUGGCCACUGUAAGGAUGGGAAGGUUGAUUUUGCGUUGUCUUUGAUUGAGAGGAUGGAGGAGAAGGGUUGCUACCCAGAUAUGCAGACCUGCAAUGCAAUGCUCAAUGGUUUGUCCAAAGAGAAAAGGUACGCAGAAGCAGAGGAACUGCUUGGUAAGAUGGAGGAGAAAGGUCUAUUACCAAAUGUGGUGACCUACUCAACUUUGGUUGACGGGUUGUGUAAGAAUGGCGAGACCCAGUUUGCAUUUAAGAUUGUUGAUGAAAUGAUAAAGAAGGGUUGUCCUGCAAAUCUUUAUACUUACAGUUCACUCAUUUAUGGGCUUUGUCAAGAAGGUAAUCUGAAUGAUGCAGAAAAGUUAUUUGCAGAAAUGGAGCAUAAAGGAAUCUUUCCUGAUCAAGUUACAUAUACCACAUUAAUUGAUGGUUUCGUUAUGUUGGGCACGGUAGAUCAAGCAUUUUCACUUCUGAAGCGGAUGAUGAGUGUGGAUUGCAAACCUAAUUACCGAACUUAUAGGGUGUUGAUGAAAGGGUUGCAGAAAGAACACCUUCUCGUAGAGAAUUGUGCGGAUGCCCCCAGUUUAACUGAAAAGGAUAUCACUUUCGAUCUGGUAUCCCGCCUCCUUGUCAGAAUGUCUGAAAAUGGCUGUGAACCCACUGUUGAAACCUAUAGUACUUUGGUGAGAGGCCUAUGUAGAGAAGGCCGAACUCUUGAAGCUGAUAAUCUGGUAGAAAAUAUGGUACGCAAGGGUUUGUCUCCUAACGAAGAAAUAUAUAACUCACUCCUAAUCGCUUAUUGUAGAGAUUUAAAAGUGGAUCCUGCACUAGAAAUCUUAAAUGUGAUGGCUUCUAGAGGUUAUGAACCCACAUUAGUUAUCUAUAGAGAUUUGAUUGGUGCUCUCUGCAAAGCAGAUAAAGUAGAAGAAGCUCGGGGUUUGUUUGAGAACAUCCUAUUGGGGCAAUGGAGUCCCGAUGUAAUUGUUUGGAUUAUCCUUAUUGACGGGUUAUUGAAGGAGGAGAAAUCAGAUGUAUGUGCUAAAUUUUUUCACAUAAUGGAAUCUAGAAAUUGUACUCUCAGUUCCCAGACUUGCUUGAUAUUGACUGGAGAGCUGUCCAAGGGCGAUAAGUCUAUUGAGACAGAUUGCGUAGCUGAUGGCUUAGACUGAUUUCAGCCAGGAUUUUGGAAAUGUGGUAUCCCAGAGAAGUUACACGUGGGAAUCUGGUAACUAGACUGACCCUACAGUGGUCAUGGGAUGAAUUCAGCCCACAUAAGAGCUGCAACUUCAUUUCUGAACUAUCCAACAGUUGCGAUGUUGUAAUCUAUUAAAGUCUUGAAGAUGCACUAAAAUACUCUGAAGUCUAUUGGUGGAGUCAGCUCUAAAUUGGAACAAGAAUGAGCUUGGGCUUUCGAGGGGAUAAGUAACACAUGUUUCAGGAUAAACAUGUAAUGACGUGGACUCUGACGGGCUAAAUUUGAUCGGCCGAGACAGAUGUUGUGGUUUCAAGAAAUGAAGGGCAUCGAAGAAGAAUUCCUUUUUUUGCGACAUCAAAGAAUCAAAGAAGAUUCAAGUUUUCACAGUAACUUUAGAGAAAAGAUAUAAAGGUAAAAUUUGUUAGAGGCAUUUUACGUACUAACCAAUUCAUUUAUUUAUUGAUUCAAAUUGUAUUCAAACAAAUAGACUCAUGUAUAGAAAAUCAAUUUUAGCUUUUAUUUCUUAACCCAAAUCUGCAGUCACGAAAUGUAAUUGUUGUUUCUUCCAACAUAUAAAGAUUUCCAUUGUCAAAUUUUGGGUAAUCUAAUGGAAUUCGUUAUGAAUGCAUACGUUUUUCUGUUA